ACAGACCCGGAGCCGGAGCCGCCGCAGCCACAGCCACAGCCACGGACACUAUGGCUUCUGGAGUUACAGUGAAUGAUGAAGUCAUCAAAGUUUUUAAUGAUAUGAAAGUAAGAAAAUCUUCUACACAAGAGGAGAUCAAAAAAAGAAAGAAAACCGUUCUCUUCUGUUUAAGCGAUGACAAAAGACAAAUAAUUGUAGAGGAAGCAAAGCAGAUCUUGGUGGGUGACAUUGGUGAUACUGUAGAGGACCCCUACACAUCUUUUGUGAAGUUGCUACCUCUGAAUGAUUGCCGAUAUGCUUUGUACGAUGCCACCUACGAAACAAAAGAGUCUAAGAAAGAAGACCUAGUAUUUAUAUUCUGGGGUCCUGAGAGUGCACCUUUAAAAAGCAAGAUGAUUUGUGCUAGCUCUAAAGAUGCCGUUAAAAAGAAAUUUACAGGUAUUAAACAUGAAUGGCAAGUAAAUGGCUUGGAUGAUAUAAAGGACCGUUCAACACUUGGAGAGAAAUUGGGAGGCAACUAGUUUCACUUGAAGGAAAACCCUUACAAAGUGCAAGUGCCAUCUGGAUCUUAAGGAGCUUCCAUUUCUCCACCUCAAUCAAUUGAAAUAGUGUUAGGUGUUUUUUGUUUCUGUUUUUGUUUUUUUUCUCUUCCCACUGGGUCCUUCCAAUACAGUGAAUGAAGGAAAUACCAUUCAUGUAAGCAGCCUAUCAGUGAUUGCCAUUAGACUGUUUAAUACUGUUACUUUUAUGUAGAACCCAAGGAAUGCCUUCCCGUCAUAUUUUAGCCAAAACAACUGGUUAUAUGCCUCCCUUGCAGCAAGCACUACAAUGAAAGUGAUUGUCAAUGUGAAUAGCUUAGAAUACUGCAAAGGGUAAGCUGAUUGAAUGCCUUGAAAGUAUUAUCCACUGGUCAGAUGGUAAAUUUUAUUCAGUAUUAUUUAUAGUUGCACUUGAUUGCAGUUCUGUGAGGCUCGAGCAUUCAUACACCUCACCUGCCUUGGCAAGCCUAUUUUUGUGACAUGGCAGCACAGAUAUAACACUAUGCAUUGAAAGCACUUUUUUUGUAAUGAGUUUAACUCACUCUCCCUCCCCCAAAAAGAAUGCCAAUUAAGUUUUGUUAACAGUGUCAUCAACUUAUCCUAGUACCUCAGUAUUCAUUCCUGUUACCUGCAUAUCUUAAAAGAAACAGCUGUUAAUGGCUUUUUGUUUUCCAUUGAGUGUACACUACUGAAUAAGUGUAGGAGUUUAUGUUUACCAUGUAAGUUUGGCAACACUAAAAAUAUUUUGAAUAUCAGUCAUGAUGGCAAUUUCUGUAUAAAAGAGCCUUAAAUGGAACAUUGCUUUUGAGAUCAAACUCCCUACCCUCACAAAAAUGGCCACGUUGCAAUAAAAGUUGUGGCAUAUUACAAAAAAAAAAAAAAAGAA